AUGAAUAUCGAUAAUGAAGAUGCUUUCUUCGAUUGGCUCUCUGAUGAGCUAACACCAAUAACGGACGCUGAUCCCAAUGCCCUCGCUAAAUAUGUUCUUGCUUUAGUGAAGAAACCGGACAAAAGUCAAGAUGAGUUGAAAGAAUUCACGAAGGAUCAGUUGAAUGUGUUUUUAGGAGAUCACACUGCCCCUUUUGUUGAAAAAGUGUUCGUAGCUCUGAUCAGCAAAAGUUAUUUACCUUCCGAGACUGUGCCCUCUGAGACUGCUCCUACUGCCGCUUCAGAAGAGAAAUCAACUCGUAAGGAUGACGUUCCUGUUGAAAAACCGUCGUCGAAGUCGGUUAUAACUCGUCUCCCUUCACCAAGUGCUCCAGCAGGAACUCAAAAGCCUAGUGGAUCAACUAGCUCGAGUAAAAGCGACAACAAACCGAUUCGUAAGCGGAUAAGUCCACCGCCGUCCGAGAGUAGUCGCGAGAAAGAGAAAGAAAAAGUUUCUCGAGACAAGGAUCGCCGUCGUUCACGAUCACCAAGAGAUCGUCGUGGUCGUACAACCACCACAAGAAGUGGCAGAGCCUCUUCCAGUGAUCGUGAUCGUCAUACCAGACGUCGUUCUCGCUCAAGAACCAGAUCGUCAAGUGGUUCCAGGACUCCGCCAUACAAAUCAAGAAGUAGUCGUCGUCGUUGCAAGGACUUUGAAGAACGUGGUUAUUGUAUACGCGGAGAUCAAUGCCCUUACUACCAUGGUCGUGAUCCAGUUGUUGUCGAUGAGAAUGCUCUAAGCGCCAUGGUUCCACUUCCUGCUCCUCCUAAUUUCUCUCUUCCACCACCUGGAUACAGUGCUAUCAAUCCACCUCCACCUGGGGUCGUCGUUACAUCUGGAGAGUACAACCCCGAGACUCCUGCUCUGACUAAUUACAGUAUGCCACCACCACCCAUCCCUGGAGCAAUCCCUGGCGCAUGGACACAGCAACCCCCAUCAGUUCCUCAAUAUGUUCCACAGCCUGUGAGCACUUUCACACAGCCACCGCCAACUGCCUCUUCCGCUAUCGCGGCGCAACAACCAGGAGCGUUCCGUGGAGGAAUUCGUGGAAGAGGUACAAUCAGAGGACGUGGUGGUUUUAGCCGUGGAGGAUUCACCGGAGUUAUUAACAGAGAUAACUGUACCCUUCAAGUUGCCAAGAUUCCGCCAGAGAUGAAUAACAUUGCGAAGUUGAAUGAGCAUUUCGCUAGUUUUGGAGCUGUUGAUAAUAUACAAGUCAGAUAUAACGGUGAAAUAGAUGCAGCUCUCGUUACCUAUUCCUCGAAGUACGAUGCCAUAAAAGCAUACAAGUCUCCUGCUCCUGUUUUGAACAACCGGUUCAUUAAAGUUUUCUGGCAUAAUCCAGGAAAUGAAGGAGCAGAAGGUUCGACAGACAAAACAGCUACUCCAGCAUCUCCUCCAAAGCCAGCAGAAAAACCGAAAAUUGCGACUGUGCAAGAAUCAAAGUUUGUAAGCGUAGCAGCACAAAAUCAACGGAAGCAGCUUCAAGACGCGAAAGAAAGGCUGACAAAAGAAAAAAGCUUGUUAUCAACAUUGGUGCAGGCUCAAAAUCAACACAAUAUCGUUCUCGAUAAAUGGCUUGCAAAACAGAAAAGUUUAUUAGUCAAGGCAAGAACUUCAACAGAUGAGAAUGAAAGAAAGAAUUCAACUAAACUGGUCAAACAUUUACACAAACAGAUCAAGGCUUGCAAAGAAGAAAUCGACGGAAUUUUGUUAAAAAUAUCUGAGAAGUCAAUGUUGGUUGAUGAAGUUGUUGCACAAAUUGAAGCAUUGAAAAACCCAUACAAGACUGAAGACGGUAACAGAAAGAGAAAAGCUGGAAGUGAUGGUGAAGACUCGAGAAGCAAAAUGAGCAGCAUCGUGGUGGUAAAGGGAGUGAAGGAAGAACUAGUUGCUGAUCUGAUGGCUCAAAUGGAAAUGUUUGGAGAAGUGUUCGAUCAUAGUGUGAAAGCCGAUGAGGAUGGACUGAUGACGGCUGUCUUCCCUUUCAAAAGAACUAGUGAUGCCCUGAAGGCCAUGUCAGAGGGAAAACUACUCAAUGGACAAGCAUUGGAUAUGGAACUGAAGACUGAACGAAUCGAGGAAAUCCCAUCAACAGAUACGAAUAUGUCGGCAGAUCAGCUGCUCGCAGCUAUUCCGAGCGGUCUCGAGUCCGACGACGAAGACGAUCUUCUCAAUGACUAA